UCUAGAUACCAACAUGAAAAUCUUCUCCAGUUAUUCGAUGUAGUAAAUUUAGACGGCAGAUUAUGUUUGAUUAUCGAGUAUGCUGUUUUGGGAAGUUUACAAGAUCGGCUAGCUGGCGGGGGUGGUUUCAUGCCUCUAACUUACGAUUUAAGGUUGAAAAUAGCCGUUGGAGCAGCGAAAGGAAUCCAAUUUUUACACGAAUUCUAUGAUAAACCAUUAAUUCAUCGAAAUUUAAAAAGUAGCAAUAUCUUAAUUGAUGCAAGGUUCAAUGCUAAAGUCAGUGAUUUUGGCUUAGCAGAAAUAUUAGCCAAUAAUAAUUGUGAUCCCAUAUCUACGGCGGCACUACAUCGAUGGCUGGCAUAUCGGCCACCAGAAGUUAACUUAGCUAAAAUGAAUCCCCAAUAUGAUGUCUAUAGUUUUGGGGUGGUAAGUUAA